AUGGGAAACCAUAUCUUGACGACGACGAGUUUGAGCGAAAAGAGUAAUAGCUUUGGUGGUGAAUUCUUAUCGUCGUCGUCGUCUGUUUCGGCGAAGGAGAAGAAUGACUUUGUCGUUGCGUCGACGACGACAAAUGAAGAAGAGGAGCACAAGAAGCAAAUUCAACAACCGAAAAGCAAAUUCAACAGUCUGAGAGCAAAAGCUUUAGAGCUGUGGUUUCGUUUUGAAGAAGAAGAAGAAAAAGUAAAAGAAGUUAAAGAAGAAAAGCUGUUGAUAGACAAGUUGUACGAGAACCGAUGGUUUAUCAAGCAUUCAGACGUGCAGAAGAGAACAGAUUUGGACGCGAAGAUUUCGAGUCAAUUUGGACAGUUACUGGAUGAGUUGCAGAGUUUUUAUUACCAUAAUCAUAGUCAUCAUCACGAGUUCGUCCAAGAGUGCUUAGAUGCCAUCGAGGAAAACGCGAGAGUGGGAGGAACUCUUUUCCCGGAAAUAACGAUCGCGACGGUCGUCACGCUCGACCAGUUCUCGAGACACCACUUUCGUCGUCGCUCUUUAGUAAAUGAAGCCGAGACAAACAUAGCGCUUUUAGAUGAAGUGUGCGUUACAAUCGUAGAUAGGUGUUUAGAGAAGAUUGAUGUCACGUCGUCGCAUUCGAUCGAUGCGAAGCAUUUGGUUUUCCUCCUCAUGCCGUACAGACACACGCAGAAAACGUUACCGAAAUUGAAGAAAAUCAUAGAGUGUUUGGACAAACGCGUAGAGUCGGAUUCGGCAAGUCUCGAAUUGCUGAAAAAGUUCAAGAAGACUACUUUGCGAUGUUACCAAGAUUUAGAAGGAAAACAGUGGCAUCCAGAAACGAACGGCGAGAUCUUGGAGUUUUUUGAGUUCGAUCCGACCGCGGAGCAAAUAGAAAAAGCGACGCGCAUGCCAAUCGUCGACGCCGUGAGAAAGUUCAUGGUAUCGAAACAAGACUUUUGGUUUGACGACAUUAAAGAAGACAAUAAUAACAAUAAAAAAAUGAUCAUCGCGGUAUCCUUGUCUGGUGGCGUCGACUCGAUGGUUUUAGCGAUGAUUUUGAAACAGUUAGGCUAUGUGAUAAUAGCUUUACACAUCAACUACGGCAAUCGUCCAGAGGCAAACGCCGAGGCGAGUUUCUUAGAGGCGUGGUGUCGAAAACACGACAUUGCGUGCGAGAUUAAAAACAUGAACAACGAAGGCUUGAAACGAGGCGUGACGCCACGGGAGACGUACGAGAUUGAAGCCAGGAAAAUUCGCUUUGAUUUCUACAAGCUCAUGCGACAGAAAUAUGAGUACCCCGCGGUCCUUCUAGGCCACCACGAUGGCGACGUGCAAGAAAACGUCAUCACGAACAUGUUUCGCGGCGCGAACGUGUUAAACGUCAACGGCAUGUCCGACGAAGGUAUCAUUGAAAACGUUCGAAUCUGGCGACCGAUGUUAUCGAGACCGAAAUCGGACGUGCUGGAUUUCGCGCACACGUUCGGUGUUCCGUACUUUCUCGAUUCGACGCCGACGUGGAGCACGAGAGGCAAGCUACGGAACCAACUGGUGCCGUUGUUGGCGGAUAUGUUUGGCGAAGGAUUUUUACGAAACGUGACGCAAAUUGGUCGCAAUAGCGAAAUGUUGGACGAAAUGGUGAAGAACUCGAUAUUCAAUCCGUUUUACUCGAAGUUUAGAGUCUCAGAUGCGGGCAUAUACGUUCCGUGCGAAGCCUUUACCGCGCAGCCGUUGUUUUUCUGGAAAGAAACGCUGAGAGAAUUUUGCCACAAGUUAGGCACGAACGGUUUUAAAGAUGAAUCAGUUGGACAAAUCGUGAAGAAGAUAACGACGAAGGCGGAACCAUCGAAACAGCGCGGAAGCGAUCCAGACAAUAUCAUCUCGUGGCUUCCGGUGAAACGAGAAACGAAAGUGUUUUUAACCACGGACGCUUCGAAAACGCUCGCCAUGUUCGCCGAAGGCUUUUUCUCCCAAGCGACGGUGGCGACGUUUGAAAACUUCUCGGUUCCUUCUUCGGAAAUAUUGAACAACAACAACAGAACGCAAACUCGAACGUGUGGCCCGUGGACGAUAACGCUCGAAAUGGUGGACAGAACGAGUCGCGAAGAACUCGAGCGACCGAAAUGUUUCUCCGUUUGGGACGCGCUCAAGAACGACAUUUCCUAUCAUAUGCCGGCGCGAUGUUACGACGCAAACGACGAGUACGACAUGAACACGACCGAAAAAGCGUUCCGCAUCGACACCGAUUGGCGCAUUCCUCCGACCUGCGACCUCGAAAACAUCGUUCGUAAACACCUCCCGAUUGUUGUCCCUCUCGGACAUCCGCCUCACCGCGGCAAGAGCGAAAAAGAAAAGAGCAAAAAACACAGGACGUGGGCGCCUCGAUUUAUCGACGAUACCUCGAACAACAACAACGACAACGGUAUCAAGAAGAAGAAGGAGAAGGAACAUCAGACAACACGCACGCGAAACUAG